CCCCACUAUAAAUUCCUCGAUCAACUUCAUCAAUUGUUCUUACAAUUAUUUCUCACAAUACUCUUCAUAUAGUAUCAUCAAAUAUGAACCUCUUCUCCUCUGUUAGGUAUGUAUACUUUCUGCUUCAUGACAAUGGUCCUCAUCGUAUAUAUAUUUGACUUGCUAAUUUGUAUCCUAUCCAGUCCAUAAUGGAACCCCCCCAACUUCGAUCGACUAUCACAAGCAUUCAGCAUAAUCUCCGAAGAAUGCCCUAAAUUCGUAAAUAUUCCUGCAUUCAAUCAAGGAGCUGAAAUUCUCAAUGUUCUCGCACGAAUAAAUGACCGGCUUGAUGGAAUUCUAACGCAGAUGGACCAGAGAUUUGCACAGAUGGACCAGAGAUUUGUGCAAAUGGACCAGAGAUUUGUACAGAUAAACCAGAGAUUUGAUACCUUAGAGGCAAGGAUGAUCGCUUUGUAAGUUCUCUUCUUUUUAGCUAUUGUAUUGUUCUUUAUUAUAUAUACUAAUCUAUAUCUCUCAAUAUUAGAAACCUUAAUUCUGUAGCUCGAGUACAAAAUUCGAUGGUAUCUUAUCUUGACAGAGGGCUUUUUCCUUUGGUCAAUGUAAGCACUUCCGAAAAUAUUCCAGAAUUUCCUAAAACACUUGUUGCUUUUAAUUGUAUAUCGAAUGCAAAUAUCAAUCGAGUACUUUUAGCAUUAGGGGUCGGUACCGAUGGAACUCUUGAAGCUAAACGCGAUAGACUUCGUGAUACUAUUGGUAUAAAGGUUGAUGGAGUUUAAGGUUAAUUUUGAGUCCAGUUGUUAUUAUAGUGCUUUUAGCACUAGGCGUCAAUAUUGGUGGAGGAGGCUAUAAAAACUAUGUUCGAAUGCCCAGCAAGAGGGCGGUAGGCUCUGGCAAAGGAACAGUACUUUAGCUAUCAAAUUAAUUCUUUCCAUAUUUCUCACCUA